ACAAGGAUAGAUUUGUUUUUUUUUCUACACCUACAAAAUGUCAUGCCUGCAAAGAAAAUAUUGAUUUUUAUUUUGUGCUAGUGAUUUGGCUCAAAUAGAUAAUUGUUUCGUGUAUUUAUUAGGACAUUCAAGUGAAAAAUGUAUUACAAGCUUAUAUUGAUUAGUUUUGCUGCUACGUGUUUGGUAUCUGCAUCGGCCCAGUCAUAUGAAGACAAAAGAUGCAAAUGUGUUUGCCCCAGCCCUUCGGCAGUUCUCAACAACACGGCCAGCACUGAUCGCAGGCUCUACAUCGCUAAUGUGCAGCCGGAUAGAUGCAACUGCGAAGUUGUGAUUCUACCCAGAGUCGCGGAUGACAUACGCGGACACGAGCAAGAGUUCUGUCCGCUAUGUGAGUGCAAGUAUGAAAACCGGAACACUACUAUAAUAAAGGUGGUGGUAAUCAUCGUGAUUUGGGUGAUAAUGCUGCUGGUGGUCUACAUGGGUUUCCUGAUCUGUCUCGACCCGCUCAUCAACAAGAGGGCCAAGGCGUCGUAUCAGGAGCACACUAAUGAAGACGACGAGAGCACAGUAAGUGGGCCCUCGCAACCGAUCGGUGCCCGGGGCAACGUCCUAAACCGCGUCACCCACCAGCAGGACAAGUGGAAGCGGCAAGUGCGCGAACAGCGACGCAACAUUUACGACAGACACACAAUGCUCAACUAGCCGAUUGCCGAGCCCUAGGGCAGUGAUACCGCGGAAUUGUCCGUCUAACGGACUUUUCCAAUGUUUAAUCUACAGUAACAAGCUUACUAGACUUAGGCUACCAGGCGACCACUGUUUUUUUUUUUCAUUAAUUAAUGAAGCUAAUUAUUAAAAAUACCUUAGCGAAAGUCUAGUAAGGAUUUUCUUUCUAUAGAUAUAAUAUUGGAUAUUGUCAUAAGGCGCAAUACACACCAAAGCCGACAUUUUGGCGGCAACUUUUUCAUGUCUUAUAAACAAAGUUGCAUGUCAGCCGGUCACUUUUAGUGUAUAUUGGGUUUAAACAUUCCUAUCCACUAGCAAAGCAAUAUAAGGUCCGUGUACACAGCACGGUUGUAUGGAAUUUAAAAUAUCGCCGAAGUAACUUUGGUUUUCAGUAAUAUUUUCUUAUAUGAAUAUUCAGAAAAUUUACAACAUAUAUACAACAGUUAAAUAAAAUCUUCUCACUGUAUUCUCCAUCUCAUAAUUAUUUUACAAAAUUUUAACUUGUCAAUGAUCGUAUCUAUUUAAAGUUCCAUUACUAUCACACAUUUGUCAACCGACCAGCGCACUAUGGUUACAGAACAAAAAGACAAAAUUUAACACUACAUAUAAUUCUUUACACAUAUUGCGGUAUUUCGGUAAGUACGUUUCUUUUGGUGCAAUAAAGAGUAUUUGUUCAAGUAUGUGUUGGGCUAAAUGUUGCCUAGUGGAUAUGAGACUUAACUCUUUCGCGGACGAUGGACGCCCGGACUACAUAAAUUGAUGACAGAGCUGAUAAUGUAUCACAUAACAAAAAAUAAACAUGCUACUAUACCAACCUAUAGAAUACUAGGUACUAAAAAUUUUGUAACCUAUACAGGGUUACUGGUGUCUAACGCAUAACCUUCCAAAGGCGCAUAAAGUAAAUAGAGACUAACAUCUUUUGUUCACGACUUUUCUCUAAACGUAAUAAAUACAAUUAUAUAUAUUUUUUAGUUUUAAUGUCGUUGCUAAAAAACGUUAAUUCUAUUUUGGAUUCUGCUACAUAACGCUACUGUACCGUCUCGUGUUGCUUGGCUAUUACAUAGAGUUAAGAUGUGUAGAAUCGCAAAUUAGA